AUGGAUAUCACAAAAGAGAGAGAAGAUAUGGAAGAGAUUAAUCAUUUUAGUCAUAAAAAUCAUCCAUUAAAGCUUGUCAACUCAGAGACGAUUGAUAAUGCUGGUUUGGAGAAUCGUGGUGGUGGUGGUGUAAUAGGUUGCUAUGCAUGUCAAAAACCUAUAUCAUCAAGUGGCUUUGCAUAUGCUUGCAUGCCAUGUCGUCACUUUAUGCAUAAAGCAUGCGCACAGCUUCCGCUCACUAUCAAUCUGCCUUCCUUGUAUGAGCAUCCUCUAACGCUACGGGAUCGCGGACCUGUAAAAGAUUUCAGAUCUUGGACUUGUGAUGUUUGUUGUAAUGUAAACCUAGGUAGGGGGUUUUAUUAUAAUUUUAGAAAACCAGAGGACAACUUUAAGUUUAAUGCUUGCAUAGAUUGUUGUGUUGUUGAGAUUGGUCGCAAGGUGGAAGCUGAUGUUAUCAAGGAGGGGACAAGGAUCAAGAUUGAACAUGAAGGUCAUCCACAACACACUUUAUCCCUUCAGUUAAGACCCGCUGCAUUCCUGUGUGAUGCUUGUAACACUGAGGAUAAAGGUUUGUUCUAUCUUUGCGACAGUUGUGGCUUUUGGAUCCACAAGACUUGUGCUUCCUUAGCCCCUACCAUCCAUCGACCGCAUCAUCACCCUAAUCACCCACUCACUCUGGUCUAUUCUCUUCCAGAAAAAUUCUAUAAAUUCUCUUUUUAUUGCGAAUUUUGCAACAUUUACAUCCGACGGAAUGAUUGGUUGUACCAUUGUGAAAACUGUAGAUAUUUUUGCCAUAUCAAAUGCGCCUUAAAUGCAGAGCUACCUUCUACUCCAAGAGAUGGUCCAAGUACUUCCAUUGCUGAUGAAGAGGUAGAUAAUUUGCUGCAAUUUCCCAUGUCAAAUGCAUUUACAAAUCCAUUGAAACUACUACACUCUGGAAUGAUAGCACCAGAUGAUGACGAUGAUGCUGAUCGAAAAACUAUGAUUAACCAUUGGAGUCAUCGUCAUCCAUUAUUUCUUAAUGUCAAACAUCAAGCUGACAUGUCUGGUUGUAGUAGUGAUCGAUUAGAGGUAUGUCAUGGAUGUGUACGACACAUAUCACUUCCGUACUAUAGUUGCAAAUUAGAUGGAUGCUCAUUCACUCUCCACAAAUAUUGUGCCGAUUUACCCCUCAGAUUAGAACAUCUACUUCAUCCACCUCAUUUGCUUCACUUGACGUUGCAACAUGCGUCUAUCUAUCAAUGCAAUGGUUGUUUCAGCGGUGGCAACAAUUUUUUUUACCAGUGUCAAACUUGCAAGUUCUACCUCUGUGUCAACUGUGCAUUUCUACCCAAAAGCAUCAAACAUAAAUCCCACAAGCAUCAUCUUAUCCAGGUUAUUGAUCGCGAACCUCUUUGUAGCAUGUGCAACUCAUGGUCCGAAAGGAUGAGCUAUGCUUGUAAGGCUUGUAACUUCAUAUUGGGCAAGCGUUGUGCAAUGAGGAUGCCGAAUUCCAUUGCUCAUAGGUAUUGCAAAGGACAUGAAAUCCCAUUGAUGUAUCCCCCAAUCAUGGAUCAUCCCGAAGAUUUCUUUUGCGAUGUAUGUGAGACGGAAAUGCACCCCAAGUUCCCCAUGUAUUAUUGUCAAAAAUGUAAAAAUUCUUUUCACCCUCUAUGCAUUAGUCUUCUCGAUUAUUAUCAAAACAUGGUGUACGAGGGCAGCAUAAACGUUUCCUAUCACAAACAUCCAUUAACAUAUGUUCGAAGAAAGAGAACGCCCAAAUAUGUGUGUUCUACUUGUAAUUGUGAUAUUAAUGGUCGUUUGGUUCUUGAAUGUCGGGCAAAAGUUUGUAAUUUCAAUAUAUGUUAUCGAUGUCAUCUUUUAAGUAACAAGUGUUGAUGCAUUGUUAAUGAUGUAAUAUGAUUCGGAAGUAACUAAGGGGUAUGUCAU